GAAGCUCUUCUUGUUGGGUCAGCAGCUGACGGUGGAUUCGCUGGAAUCUUUUCGGGUGAUUACCCACAAUACAAUCCGGCUGUUGGCCCAAGCAGGAACAUUCGUGAACUCACAAAACGAACAGGACAGUACCAUUCUGAUGAAGCAGAUCGAUUUCAUGAACCGAACAUUACGUGGCGGAAAGAUGACCGUCGCCGACUACCGGGACGUAAUCGAGGUGUUCGCUCACUACUGGAAACAACGCAACGAGUCCAUCGAUAGCUUGCUGGCCAAACUGCCCGGAAAUUACUUUCAACGAGACGUUGAGGAAAUAAAAUCGCUACUGUUGCAGUGCAUUGCUGAAGCGCUGGAUAAAAAGGUCGAGCUGGCAGAGCUGAAAACUUUUUGCUUGGCGUUUGAAAGCUUACUUUCCGAACUUCUCAAUCUCCCACUGGAUUGGUUUGUCAGGCUGCCAUCCAUAAAGUACAACCACAUUUUCACCGAAAGACAAGCACUAACUGCUGUGGAAAACAGAUGUUUUCGAGUAAAAGACCCAGAAAAGUUCAAAACUCUUUACGAGGUACUAAUUGAUGAAGCUCAACUGCCCCCUCACUUUACAUUAGUCGCUGUCAAAUCACAACUGAACUACAUCAACAAUAUGAUGGUGCAGAAACAUUGGAGCAGCGGUCGGGAACUCACCGAGUCGGAUCAGCUGAAAGCCACGAUGGGACUGAUGGAGUUGAUCAAAUUUUCUGUCUCGCAUUUAAACCAGCAACCCGAGUUCACCAGCUUCGACCGCUUCCUGGAGAAAUGCACCGAACCAUUCGCGUCCGUUUCCAGCGAGAGCACUUCGCUGGCGGAUUUGGAGGUUACAGUUAGAGUUUCUAGAAUAAUUAACAGUCAGGCAACUAUGUCAGAAAAGUACCCGUAGACUACUAAGCCCCGUUUUAGCGUUACAUGGAUUUUCAACAAGCUUGGUGAAAAUUACAUAAAAAAGUCAAAGUAGUUAUGUCACAGACAUAACCGGAAUGGCGUAGACUUACGUAAAAUUUAGAUAUGUGGACAUGUGGGUUUUCCAUAUAUUAAUUUGAAGAAUUAGCUAUAUUCUUUAAAUAGAUUUACGGAAUAUGAUCAUGAA